AUGUGCUUAAACCAGCCGUACUACACUCAGGCGGUCGAAAAUCCACCCGAGCUUAACCCAUUUACCAAAAUCCAACCGCAAAUUGAUGCUCUCAAUAUAAUGCGUCUUCACAGCGUGAAAGAUGCGGCUGCAGAGCAAAGUGCAUCUGGCCAAGAUCGAGUGAGAUGUGCUUAUAUGAACAUAAUAGUCAAAGUGGAUCUUGGGACCCUGAACGCCGUGUCUGAGAUCUAUACGGCUGAGCUUGAACCCCUGAAGGGAGUUGAAAACGUAACACUAUCUUUAACUCUGCAGCCGUACCCAGUUUUGUCAAUGGAACAGUCAACUACACACGGGGGCAGUUCUCUGGGUCUUGAUGCCGCUGAAGGCCCACUCGUCUCGGUUCUUCUUCUUUCAUAUUGGAAGAACAAGGAAGAUGACAAUGCGGUGCUGGGGAUGAUGAAGGAUGCGCUCGACAAGAUCAAAGCAGACGCAACUGAGCGGUAA